UCCUGCCUCUAAGUGGUGCAGCUGAACCUUGCUGCCUCUGGGGGGCGCAGCUGGAGCGCCAUUUUAUGCCCUGUGGGGGUGGCUGGGGGGGACACAGGAGCCCUGAGACCUCCAAGAGCAGUGGAAUGAGGCCUCCAGGGGGCCCAGAGUGCCUCUGAGGUAGUCUGGGGGGUGGAGCUUGGGCGCCCGAGUCCUCCGGAGCAGUGCAGUGAGUCCUCCGGCGCCCCUAGAGCGGCCACGCUCGUCCCUGCACUUCCGCUUCUGCUGCCGCGGCCCCGCCCCGGGCGGGAGAUUCGUUUCCGCCGCUCCCCCGGGCCUGGUCCCAGCCAUGGCGGAGCCUGCGGCCGCCGCUGCCGCUCUGCGCUCUCCCGGCCACCGCCGCCGCCGCCGCCGGCGGCCUGGCUCUGACCCCAAUCCGCUCUUCACCUGCUGGCUCCGCGAGUGGCGAGACGAGGCCGCAGGGACGCCUGCGGCCAGAGCCUACGAGAGGGCCCUGCGCUCCCUGGCCCUGUACCCCCUGCCCCUGCGCUCGGGGCCUGCUGCUGCCAUCCUCAGGCACUUUGGGCCCAAACUCUGCCUCAGGCUGCAGCAGAGGCUGAGGAGACACAGAGCAGAGCAAGGCCUCCCCCCUAGCCCCCCCCCCGGAAGUGAGACCCAGACAGGAAGUGAGGCACAGACAGGAAGUGAGGUCACCAGCACCCGGGUCUGCCCACCACGUGACUACAGGCCCCGCCCCCAUUCUCGAGGCUUUGCCCUCCUAUUGGCCCUGCUCAAUAGCUCGGAGCCAAUCAGAGCGGAGCAGCUCCUGCAGCUGGCUCAGCCUCUCUGUGACCUGCCCCUGGCCUCGGGGGCGCUGGGAGGGCUCCUGAGGAGGCAGCUGGUGAGCAGGAGUGAGAGACCCCCGAGGUACUCACUGACGCCACGUGGUCGGGUCCUGGCUCUGCGAUUGGCCGAGGCUGCUCUGCAAGCUCCACCCAUCCGAGGCCCCAUUCUCCCGGAGGCAGAGGGCAGUGACCCCCCCCCUGCUGCCCCUGGGCCCUUCACACUGCCCCCAGGCUCCUAUGACCUGUUCCUGUGCAUCGACACCGCUGAGGAGUGUGGGGGGGGCUCUCGGCGCGGCCUGGUCCCAGCCCUGCUGAGCCGCUCGGGGCAGGUCCUGCGGAGGAGGCUUCCGGUUGGAGACUUUCUCUGGGUGGCCAAGGAGAGGAGCCCAGCCCCGGGCCAGGCCCCCCGGGAGCUGGUGCUGGACUGGGUGGUGGAGAGGAAAACAGCUUCAGACCUGGGCAGCAGCAUCCGGGAUGGGAGGUACAGAGAGCAGAAGUUCAGGCUGGGUCGCUGUGGCCUUCGGUGCCCAAUUUACCUGCUGGAGGUGCCCAGCAGGGGGCAGCAGCUGGCAGUGCCCCUCCAGGUGCUGCGCCAGGCAGCAGUCAGCACCCAGGUCUGUGACCAGUUCCUGGUGCGUUGGUCCCAGAGCCCUGAGCACUCUGCAGCCUUCCUGAGGGCUCUGGGGGAGGGCCUGAAGCAGAGAUACAGAGGCCGUGCCCUGCAGGCCUGGCUCGGGGAUGUGACUGAGAGAGGCUCCCCCGAGCUGCCCCCCCCGGGGGUCCCCUGCCCCCUCCUCACCUGGGACAGGCUGCGGGAGGAGGGGGCCAAAAGUCAGCCGCAGACUGUGGGGGAGGUCUUUGCCAGGCAGCUGCUGCAGAUCGGAGGGGUCAGUCCCAGGGUGGCACAGGGGGUCCUGAGCAGCUUCCCCACCCCUGCCAGCCUGCUGGGAGCUCUCCGGAGCUGCAGAGACCCCCAGGAGGGGGAGGAGCUGCUGAGAGCUCUGCCCAGGGAUGCUCACAGGUCCCUGGGCCCUGCCCUGGGCCGCAGACUGGCACAGCUCUAUGGGACCCUUGGACCCCUCUGCUGAGCCCCCAGGGCAACCCUCCCGGUCUGCCUCUCCCCCACUGGCAUCUUCCCCCCCCCCCCCCAAUAAAGGUCCUAGCAGCGGA